UAAUACCACCGAAGCGCCCGCGUUGCGAGCAGUUAUUGAAGAGUCGCGAACGUUGGAACAACGUAACAGUCACUAGAUUUACCGCAACUAAAACUACUUUCGACACCAACCAAGUGAAUUUGAGAGUGUGUUAAUCUUCGAGUCGACGCUGAAGCAGACCACAACAAAAACAAAAAUACCGGUCCAAAGAAUAAUAUUCGUGCGACAUAACAACAACAUAACGAAAUUAAGAAUGUCAUCAUUGCCAGAACUCACCGAAACCCAGAAGGAGACACUUGCUGCCUUCCGUAAAAAAGUCAGCGAUGUCUUAGAUGGCGGAGAGACCCAUGAUGAUUACUUUCUAUUGCGUUGGCUACGAGCCAGAAAAUGGGACAUGGAUGCCGCAGAGAAAAUGUUGCGUCAUGCCCUCAAGAAUCGUAUCUCAGUUAACAUUGAUAGUCUGGAAAAAUGGGAUGCUCCCGAAGCCCUUAAGAAAUAUUUACCAUAUGGCAUUAUAGGUCACGAUAAUGACGGAGCACCAAUCAUUGUGUGUCCCUUCUAUCAAUUCGACAUCUAUGGCAUGUUGCAUUGUGUGACACGGUUCGACUUUAUACGCUAUGUUAUCAAAAUAUUAGAAACUGUUAUGAAGGAUGGCUUUGAGCAGAGUAAAAUUCAUGGAGUUAAAGCUCGUCAAGUUGUGGUCCUUUUUGACGUUGCAGAUUUUAAUAUGACCCAAUAUGCGUGGCGUCCAGCUGUUGAAUUAAUUAUUGCCAUGAUCAAAGAAUACGAGCAAAACUAUCCAGAAAUAUUGAAGAUGUGCUACAUCAUAAAUGCCCCCAAAGUUUUCUAUUUUGCAUUUAAUUUUAUUAAAAAGUUCUUGGACGAAUAUACGAUGAGCAAAAUCAGCAUCAAUAAGCCAGGUUCAGACAAAUGGAAGGAAGCGGCUUUCAGUCAUAUUAAUCCCGAUAUUUUACCUAAAGCUUUUGGUGGUAAUCUAGUGGAGAACGGCGAUGAAAGAUGUCCAAGCAAGGUUGUAUGGGGCGGCAAGGUACCCAAGGAGUUGUAUAUUGAGCAGAAAGAAGAAGACGAUAGUAAAAGUUUCAUGGAGGCUGUUGUUAAUAAGGGCAACAAAUUGAAACUGGAAUUUGAUGUGGGCGAAAAGAAGCCCAACGAAGAGGACAAACUGUUAUCCUGGGAUUUCCGCACUUUUGACUACGACAUCAAAUUUGGCAUCUUUAGUAUUGAUAAUGCCUCUGGCGAAAAACGCAGCGAGGUGCCUCUUACAAAGGUUUACUCAAAUGAAAUAAAUGAAGUGGGUUUCAUUACCACACGCCCCAAUACCAAAUAUACUGUUGUAUUCGACAACUCUGGCAGUUAUUUGCGCAGCAAGAAAUUGCGCUAUUGGGUCUCUUUAAUAUCGGAAAACGAUGACAUUUCCGAACUCACGGGACAAGUGGGCCAAACCGAAAUCGUUGCAUCACCGGACAAUUGAGCCAUCAACAAUGCACAAAAGCCUGUACAGAUUUAAUUUAAUUUAGCAAAACUGAGUCGUAAUCAUUCUCACACCAGAAUAAAGGACCGUGAUCGGAGGAUCUGACGCUAGUGAGCCAAACAUUUCAAAACGGGUUUCCAGUCUAAGUAGCAAACAUGUACACUAUAGCUAGUAAGAGCGCACGUAAAGUGUCUGUUCACCUCCACAACCGUAUGCUAUUGUAGCCUAUUUCCUAGAUUUCGUCUUGUAUGUGCAAUAAUUUAAGCUUUUCGUAUCUAUUAUAGCGAGGUGUGUUAAAUAUUUACUAUUAAAGAAAUGUGAUACUUAAAUUUUUUGUUUUUAAAUAA